UCAUGUUCUGAUUUUUGCUCUUUUAGCAUGGAGGAAAAUAAAGCGCCAUCAGUUCCAUAUCUUUACCUGUAUAAUGACGGUAGAAUUAAAAAUACGUUUCCUGUCAGAGUUGUGAGCUCCUGCAACCUGAAUAUCUACACUUUUCCCUUCGACAUACAGAACUGCUCUAUGACUUUCAACUCCUAUAUGUACUAUGCUCUAGAGAUCAGAGUUUUCCUCGGGAGAGACCCGAAAACAAUCACAGAGCUCUCUAAGAAUUUGAUGGCCACUAUGGGUGAAUGGGAACUGGUGGACAUCAGCGCACAGAAACUAGUGAAUGGUGAUGAGUCGGGUCUUUAUAGAGACAUGCUUGCAUUUUAUAUCCGAGUGCGGCGCCGUGCCACCAUGUACGUGGUGAAUCUGCUGCUGCCCAGCUGCUUCCUCAUCACAUUGGACCUCUUCAGCUUCCUGCUGCCUCCUGAGAGCACAGACAGGUCCUCCUUCAAGAUGACCCUCAUCCUGGGCUACACCGUCUUCCUGCUCAUCAUGAACGACCUGCUGCCAGUCACUGGAAACACCAUUCCUCUGAUAAACGUCUUCUUCUCUCUCUGCCUGGCUCUGAUGGUGGCCAGUCUGCUGGAGACCAUCCUCAUCACCAACCUGCUGAGCAACUCGUCUGACUUCUCUCCAGUCCCUCGAUGGAUUCGGAUUCUCGUUCUGAAUUUCCUUGGCUGUCUCGUUUGCAUGCCUCAAAAAACUGAGAAGCCAACAAAUCCAGAACAGAGGAAGAUGUCAGAGGUUGCAGAAAGGAAAUCCGAUGAAGGUCUUCCAGGAACAGAAGGACCAGCCGAGGAAGAGGAGGCCCUGACGGAGCUGAAGAGCCUGAGCCGCGUCCUGCAGGCCAUCCGCUGUGAGGUGGAGCAGCAGCAGAAAGGGAAGCAGAGCUCAGAGGAAUGGAUCCAGGUGGGUUUCAUCAUUGACCGCCUGCUGUUUGGCCUCUACAUCAUCUUCAUAUCAGUGAGCUUCAUCACCAUCAUCAUCGUCUGGAUUAACUCAUACAACCAGUAGACCGCUGCAUGUUGGAGACCAGCGUUUAAUCAGAAUGUGCUUGCAGAAUUUUGUAAUUUCUGUUAAAAUAACAAUAAACAUGGAUUCAUUUUGGCAACAAUCUGUAGGCAAUUUAUAUGUUAUGCAAUUAUUUAGAAAUGACGCC